AUGCCUCCCGUCAAAGCUGAGCCAGGCUCAGCCAACGUCAAGGCUGAGAAUGGCAGAGCCGGUGGAGCCAGAGCUCGUGCUGCCAACGGUGCCUCCACCAACAACAACAGUGCUCGAUCCAACCUCAAGCUCGAGCAAGACAAGAAGGAGCUACCGCCGCCACCACCGACAACAUAUCGAGAUAUCCCUCUGCUAUCCACCGACUGCGGACAGUGGCUCACCCAUCUCAUGAAGUUUGCUCACCAUACUCGCGUCGACCCCAACGACGCUUCUCAGUUUGUUCCGCCGCUCAAGCUCAACCGCAAGAAUCCGCCAAGGCUCAAACUGCCUCGUCCAAACCCGGGAGAUCCGAUCACAGACAAGUACAACAGGCCCAUGAUGGGAAAGGACGGUCAGCCGCUCACAUGGCCAGGCGCAGACGAUGAUCUGCAGCGCAUUGAAGAGGUCAUCAAGAAGGAUGCCGCUCCCAAGGGUCCAGGCGCCGAUCAGAGUCUCAUCGCGCCCGGUGGAAACGCUCGGCCUCCUAAAGCCAGGCUGUUCAAAAAAAAAGUGCGAGAGAUCCACAAGGCAGCAGAUAGCGCCAGAAAGACCAUGAAGGAAGAACAUUUUCCAUGGGUGCUCGAGGACUUUGAAACUCCCGACGAAUGGGAGAGCAUUCGAACUCCUAUCCCCACCGGUACACGCGCUCUGCAGGACCACAUUGACGAGCUCAAGGCCAAAAAAAUGGGAGCUAGCGCCAGCAUGGAUGCUAAUGGCGAUGUAAACAUGCAAGAUACCACCAGCAGCAAAGCCAAGGGAGAGCACGCCAUCAAACAAGAGUCUAGUGUCUCGGCCUCUAGUUCGUCAUCCACAUCGCAUGCACCGUGGAUCGGAAAGCUUGAGGGCGACUCGAGCUCCGAGGCGUCGUCGCUGCACGUCCUCUUUGUCUUUGACGAGCGCGACGCUGGUGGCUUCAAAGUUGUGCCUGUUUCACGCAUGUACAAGUUCUUGCAGAAGCCCAAGCACUCGACUAUGACCAACGAACAGGUGGAGCAGGAGUAUCAAAAGUAUCAAAAGACCAAAGAGAUGGAUCGAUGGGCGAUGCGCAACAAACCUGUCUCGGCGACUCCUGCUAUCAGCAAGCAGGAGGACAACGCAGCUUGGCGCAGCUGGCCGCAGGUCAGCCGACUCUCCCUGCCCACCGGCAUGGCGUUUGGCGCCGGCCGUCGACGCAACCUCAUGGCUGUGCACGGUGGUGAGCUACUGCGAGACGACGACGACGAUGAUGCGAGCGGCGCGCGUCGAAGAAAGAGAGAGGAUAGUCCUGGUGCUGGAUACGACGAGCUAGACUUUGAAGAGGAAUUUGCCGACGACGAAGAGACGCAUGAUCCCGAAGCCGACGUGGCGGAUGACGAGGAAGCCAAGGAGCUCGAGGAGCGCCUGAAGCGCGAGAUGGCACGUGCGAACCAUGUGGGCGAUGACGAAGAUGAGGCGCAAGAGGUGAGCGCGCCCGAAGACGAGGAUCAGCUGUUGACAGGUAGCGGCAAGCAGAUGAUGAAGAUUAUGCGAGCGCUGGCCAAGCGUGAAGGCAACGAGGCGUAUGACAAGGACGACGACGGACGCAACCCUUACGCGACCGAAGAAUCGGAUGAGGAGGAAGAGGAAUCGUACGUGGCCAAUCCGGAAAAGGCGAUCCAAUUGGCGCGCGAAGAACGCGAGAAAAAGGAAAAGGAGGCGGCAAAGAAUAACAAGCCAAGUGCUACACCGGGCCGCGCUUCAGGAUCCAACACGCCCACGGAUCGUGCCGAGAAGCGACCUGUGCCUCCGAGUGCGAUCGGCCAGGCACAGCGUCCUGGAGCGGGUCAUGCGAGCCUGGCUCAGCGUGCCACCAGUCCGACACGCAGUGCUCCAAGAUGGAUGUGUGCUUCCAUGGCGGCUAUGGCGGCUGGAUCGGCUGGAUCGAGCAGUCUUCCCGAAGCCAAGCGUGUAAAGACAGCCAGCACUGGUUCUGGUUCUCGAGCUGGAUCGCCUUCGGGAUCACCGCCGGGCUCGAAACCGGCUUCACGUGCGGGAAGCCCUGGUGCACCGCGUCUAGCUGCCAACGCGGUGGAGGCGGAAAUCAUUCAGCUUAUCCGAGACGGCAAGAUUGCGAAUACGAGUGAGCUGGUGCAGCACUUUAGGAAGCGUCUCAAGUCGGAGCCUCACAUCAAGGAUCAAUUGAGUGCGGCAGUACGCAAGGUAGCAGUGAUGGACAAGGCUACCAACCGUCUCAAGCUCAAAGAUGGGUUCUGA